CUGGGACUCGGCAGUGGAGCAACAGCAGCAAGGCACGCACAUCCGAAUCGUAAACCUGAGCUACCUUUCACACAAUUGUGUUGAACAUGAUUAAGUUGCAAGCGUUAUAUCUGUUGUUGGCGGUGGUGGUGACUGCAGCCGGUGUCCGGGAGGUGGAUGGAACAUCUUUGGCCGAAGAUGAGAAUAAAUUGUUGGUUUCCUCUGGAGCUCCAGCUUCCGAACCCCCAAUUUUCAGCCCCAAUUACAGCCAACGGGUAACCAAUGACUCCAGUGAGGAUUAUGAAGAUUAUGGUGAUUAUGCGGACGAUUAUGAACUUUUGACACCUGGAGAAUUAGGAGAUGGAAUGUUACCAGCAAAAGUCCAGCAGGUUGUUCAACCCAAAGACCAAGACAGAAAGAAAAAGAACUCAAAAAAAUCUAAGAGUAAGGGAAAGAGGAGGAGGACCGGAAGAAAGAAACAGAAAGAUCCAUGCAAGACCGAUUACAAAGACUAUUGUAUUCAUGGGAAAUGUCAAUACUUGAAAGACCUCAAUAAACCAUCAUGUGUGUGUCUCCCUGGCUACCAGAAUGAGCGCUGUGGGAUCCGGGCAUUGUAUACUGGAACAACUGAGGAGAGCAUCGAUAGCCUCUCAAUUGUCUUAGUGGUAGCAGCUGUAAUGCUGCUCAUCUCCAUAAUAACUGCUGUGAUUGUUGUGACAUUGCGAAUUAGGAGAAAGAUGCGAGUCGAACAUGACAUUUUGAGUGAAGAGAAACAAACACUGAGAACAGAGAAUGGAGUUGUAGUUGAAAAAUGAAGGGCUGAAUCAGACAUCUGAAACCUGGAGAAGUCUCCCAAAACAUCGAUCGCCUGCAUCUAUUACAGGAUGUCCACUCCCAUCUCCCUUUUCUGUUUCAUUGCUGUUUUUGAUGUAUACAAAGUACACAAAGCAAAAUCUGAUAAUAUGGCUAACGUGUAACAUGAAUGAAACAACAACAGCUUGCGUUUAUAUAGUAUCACAACAAAUAAUUAGACGUCCUAUGGCAGGAGGUGUAGUCGAGCAAAAAUUAGCACUGAGUCAAAGAAGGAGAUAAUAUCAAGGGCGGCUAAAAUCUUUGGAAAAGAGGUAGACUUUACAGGGUUUCUUAGAGGAAGCCAGAGGAGGUGAGCAAGCAAGUUGCAGAGCUCAGGAUCUAGAUGGUUGAAGGCACCUUGGCAAAUGGUGGAGCAAAUGGGGUGGGAUGCAAAGAGGAAAAGUUAGAGAAAUGCAGAGUUCUCUCACGCUUUGAAUGCUGGAGUUUGCAGAGAAAAGAUGGGGCAAGCCGUGGAGGGAUUUGUGAACAAGAAUAGCAAUCUUGAACGUCAGUCUUUGAUGGAUUGGGAGCCAGUGCAGGUCAAUGAACACGGAGGGGUGGUGGUCAAACAGGACUUGGUGGCACCAUGCUUUUGAUAAGCUGAAGGUUAAAGAGGGUAAAGGAUGGGAGGUUGGCCAAGAAAGUAUCGAAUUAGAUGAAUUUUAAGGUAACAAAGGCAUUGAAGGAAUUUUCAACAGCCAAUUGGCUGGAGACUGGCAAUGUUACAGAAAUGGCACCACAGGGCAGCAGACAGAUGAGAAAAUUUGGUAAUUUAACCUGGUCGCUUUUUUGCAGAAGAGGAUUUUAUUGCGUUAACUGUUACUAGUUGAGGAGAAAAGUAUGAUUUGUGCUUUGUAUGUAGCUCAGAUGCAUUGCACAUUGAUCAGUGUUCAAUGUGGAGCACAUUUGAAUAAAUUUUAACCUAUCUCAUUCUCACACAAUGUUAAUCUGUACAUAAAAGCAAAAAACUGUGGAUGCUGGAAAUCCAAAACAAAAAUAAAAAUAAAAAUACCUGGAAAAACUCAGCAGGUCUGGCAGCAUCCAUAAGCUUAUA